AUUCGAGUGUCGUAAACCAACUUUAGACUUGGAUUGGAACUCUCCUUGUUUAUGGAACACGAUUCCGAGGCUGGUAGCCUCUUAUGAGCGUUUACUGCCAGUGGUCUUUCUUUUCGCUGUUUUAAAAAUCUUGCCAAGAUGGAGGAUCAAGCAAAACUUGCAGAGUUAAAGAAGAAGAGGACAUUCAGGAAAUUCACCUACAGGGGUGUUGAUCUUGAUCAACUUUUGGACCUCUCAUCAGAUCAGCUGAUGCAGCUUGUUCAUGCAAGAGCCAGAAGGAGAUUUUCAAGAGGUCUCAAAAGAAAGCCACUUGCUCUCAUGAAAAAGUUGAGAAAAGCAAAGAAGGAAGCUCCAGCACUAGAAAAACCAGCUGUUGUGAAAACACAUUUAAGGAACAUGAUUGUGUUGCCUGAUAUGAUUGGUAGCAUUGUUGGUGUCCAUAAUGGAAAAACAUUCAACCAAGUUGAAAUCAAGCCUGAAAUGGUUGGCCACUAUCUUGGAGAAUUUUCAAUCACAUACAAGCCAGUUCGUCAUGGAAGGCCAGGUAUUGGAGCUACUCACUCGUCAAGAUUCAUUCCAUUGAAGUAAACAGUUAAAUGUAAUGCUUCGUGUUAUAUUGUCUUGAUCCAUGCAUGUAAAUGUAAUAAGAUAAAUAGCAA